GCUUCUGGGAGCAUUUAGUCAAACCUGCAUGUGAACCAGGAGCAGCAGGGCAGGAGUCAGGAGCCAGGGUGUUGAAAGAAAAAGUUGUUCGUUAAGAUUUUCGUGGGAAUCCCGUGAACCCGCCGCUGAAAAGGGACAUUUAGUUUUGCAUGUGAGAUUAAAGUUGCUGCAAAAUGAAUCCUGACAACUCGUCGAGCGCUCCUCCGCCAGGCUGGACUGAAGGGAAGUCCUUCAUGGGCCAGCCGCCCCCUCCGCCCUACCAGGACAUCCCCAGCCAUGGCAUGCCUCCACCCGGCCCCGGAUACCCUCCACAGCAGGGUUUUCCAUCGCAGUAUGGAGGUCAGGUGUACGGACAGCAGCCGUACCCGGUGGGCCAUGUGUACCCAGGCCAGCCGGGCACCGUCACCGUCCAGCCCGCCGUGUUCGUGUCCGCAGGUCCUCUGGCCAACCCCGUCAAUGACUACCUGUGCUACUCCAUCUUCACCAUGAUGUGCUGCUGCCUGCCGCUCGGAAUCGCCGCCCUCAUCUACUCCAUCUCAGCCCGGGAAGCGAACCACGUCGGCAACCAGAUAACGGCGGAGCGCAGCAGCAGGACGGCGAGGACACUGAACCAUGUGGGACUGGGACUCGGUCUCGGGUGGCUCAUCCUCCUCUUUAUCUUCCUUUUCACUGGAGUAUAUCAUUAAUAAAUCUGUUUUUGACAUGAAAAAUAUUUUCCAAAUUUGAUGCCUUUAAAUUUCAGCCUUAGCUCAGUGUGGCUCUAUCACACAUGCAGACUUCAAAUGUUCUACGAGAGUUUCAUAACUCAAAGCCAAUGAUUGUCACUUGCAGCCUUUUUAGUAUGUCACAUUUCAUUAUGAACUGAAUUUUGUGCAAUUGUUUAAAAAAAAGAUGAAUUUUUGCCUUCUUGACAGAACUGCUGAAAAAUAGGCUUCAGACUCUCUAAAAAGUACAAAACACAAAACUCGCAUUUUCAAAAACGUAACCAAGCAUUCCACUUUCAAUUUUGUCAAACUUGUGUUGAACCAGUAAAAAAGAAAAGCAGUGGGAAUGUUUUUGUCUUUGAAGUGUUUCUGACCUGAAAGUGCAUGCUAUGGAUCCAGUCCACUUUUGCUUGUCAUCCUUCAAGUGCGCCAAAGUAGUUUUGUUUAUUCCAGCUAAAUAAGAGCACACAACUACUCACGAAAUCAGUGUAAACAGAGGGACCAUUAUGGCAGACAAAAACAGUUGCUCAAUCAGUGGCUCUGGCUCAGCUUGUGUUGAAGCCUGCAAUGUGUUAGUAUCACUAGCCUGGAUGUAGUUUGUCAUGUGUUGUCCUCAUGUUCUUUUCUUUACCAACUCUCACAAAGAACAUUCUUACUGUAUAUCAAAUAUCUUUACAAAUAAAGUAUACUGAGAGAGAAGAUA